GUCCCGAGCUUGACCGCGGCGUUCCGCAGCCCCGGACGAUAAAAAUGCUGCUCCACUGUAGCUUGGCCCUGCUGGCGUUGAACGGCGUCUGGGCGCAGCGCCGGGCGUACCCCAGCUCGUCGGCGUCCGCGCCGCCAGGCCCGAGGCAGCAGCAGCAGCAGCAGCAGCAGCAGCAGCAGCAGCAGGCCACCGACAUACUGGAGCAAGUGAGCGACAUCAGCCCCGACGGCAGCUUCCACACCAAGUGGGCGAGCGCCAACGGGAUCACUUUCGAGGAGUUCGGCCAGCCGAAGAGCCUGGGCCAGCAGGUGGCCGAGGAGGUGCAGGGCUCGGCUAGCUGGACCUCCGACGACGGCGAGCAGGUCAGCAUCAGCUGGCACGCCGACGAGAACGGAGCGGUGAUCGAGGGCGACCACGUGCCCACCCCGCCGCCGGUGCCGCCGCUCAUCCAGCGAGCCCUCGACUACAUCGCCGCUAAUCCGCCGAGGAGCGCCGAGGAGGGCGCCUACGUCGCCGACGCCGAUCGGCUCGGGCCGCCCCAGCCAUCCGCGGGCUUCCCGGCAGCACCGAGAGCCCGGCUCAGGCCCAGGUCCCGACGCCUCGUCACCACCGCCGCCGCCGCCGCCGCCGCCGCUCGAUCUUCCUGAUCCGACUCUGCUCCGCGUCCUCGCAGUAUAUACCCAAUGGCCAUCCGCUUGUUAUUGGCGUCUCUAUGUAAUAUUGCGUCACCUAUCACUGCAACCAGAAAAUAAACUUUUA